AUGGCUACAAUCACACAGACCGAGCCCGCGCUCUCCAUGUGGGCUGUCGCAAACCCUACGCAGAAGCCUUUGAAGAUUGACGGCACAGACGAGACCUACGGUGAUUGGCGGGAUGAUCUGGUUUGCGAUGGUUACGCAAUCAUCAAGGGAGCUAUCCCAGCCGAUAAAGUAGAGAGCUUCGCGGAUCGCAUGUACUCACUUAUCGAGGGAUUUGAGCUUGGAUACAACCGCAACGACUCAUCGACGGUUCAUCCCGGCAAGCUGCCAGACAUACGCAGCGAGCCCGGUAUCGUCAAUGCAUUCGAGAAAGUAUAUCAGGACGAGGAUUUAAUCGUGUCCUUUGAUGCUAUCAACUAUGGCUUCGCUAACCGCACAAACCUUCCUAAGAACUCGCCAUGGCCUCACCAGGACCAGGAUCCUGAGAAGCCAGGUUUCCGCUGCCUGCAGGGUCUUGUUAAUUUGCACCGCGCUGGUCCUAACGAUGGUGGACUGAUCGUGUGCAAGGGAGCUCACUUGCUUAGUGAGCAAUUCCACAAGGACAUGAAGGAUGAGAAGCGCAUCCCCGCCUGGACCCCAGAAUGGUACGGAUACACUGGUGCAGGCAUCAAGUGGCCUGAGGAGCACGGCUGCGAGUGGUACAAGGUCGAGGCUGAGGCUGGCGACCUGAUCGUCUGGGACUCAAGAGCCCCCCAUUACAACGUACCUACAACCUCUGAUGUCGACCGCCUAUGUGUGUAUACUUGUUACAUGCCAGUCAAGGAUGCCACACAAGAAGAGCUUGUUCGCAAGAAGGAUGCUUUCGAGAAGCGUCUUGGCACAACUCACUGGCCAAAUGCCAGGAAUAUUGGCUGGAACGAGGCCAAGAGGAAUGGUAAAUUGGACAAGAUCCAGCGCGCAAGGCCUUAG